UCAACGGAAAGAGCCAAAGAUCAGUGCCACCUGUCAGUGUCCAUCAAUGCCAGCUGUCAGUGCUCAUCCUUGCCACCUGCCAGUGCCCAUCAGUGCCACAUUUCAGUGCCUACCAGUGCACAUCAAUGCCACUUAUCAGUGCCCAUCUGAGCUGCCUUUCAGUGUCACCCAUCAGUGCCAGUCAGUGCAACCUGUCAAUGCCAAUCAGUGCCACCUAUCAGUGCCAUGCCCAUCAGUGCCACCUAUCAGUGUCCAUCAGUGCAGCCUAUUAGUGCCUAUCACUGUAGCCUCAUUAUCGCACUUCAGUGAAGGAGAAAAAUCACUUAUUUACAAAAUUUUAUAA